CUUACCCUUAAGAGUAAGCUUAUCGGGUAUCAACCUUAAAAAAAAAAAAAAAAUACCUUUAAAAAAAGACCAGCUGUUUCAAAAGCUCCACAAGUCGCGAUUUACUUUCACUACCUAGGUAUCGUGCACCUAAGGUACAUUAGCUUCAUUCACGGAAGAUAACCAACCCUACAAGUUAGAACAACCCCUUUCGGACGAAAAUUCGAAUUCCGACCCACGCCGAACAUUCCUCGACCCAGAAUCUUUCUGCCAUGCAGUUUCGGUUUUCCAAUGUUCUAUAUCAAGGGUUCGGCAUAGAAUUAGUACAACCACAACUUCCCGUCCUGUCCGGUGGCUGCUAUUCGAUACAGCAUCGAAAUGCAUUUCCUCACGACGUUGGCCGGCUAUGCGGCCCCGAUGUUCCUGAUCUUGUCCCCCAUCCUGUCGUACUCCGAUCAAGCAAUCUCGAUGCAUAGGAAUAGGUCAAGCGCGGGCUUCUCCCUCGACAUUCCUCUGAUCAUGCUUGUCGCAUCCAUAUUCAGGGUGUUCUAUUACCCAGGCGCGAGAUUCGACGUGGCAUUGCUGAUUCAGUCAUUUUGCAACAUAUUCAUCCAACUUAUUCUGCUCAAGAUUGCUCUCGACCACCGACCGCCGCCGUCGUCAAAAGGAGGUGAUGCCGCUCUCCCUUUCGCAGGCGCCCAGGAUGGGUUUGAGGGAUUUCAGCGACCCUACAAUUUUUGGCAGUGGCGUUCACCGAAACCGUAUUGGCAAUUUCUAUUGUCGUUAUGUAUCGGUUUGACCGUCCUGGAGCUGUUAUUAGCACCAUUCAGCUCAGUUUAUUCUGGAUAUUCGGCCUUAAUAGGAUAUAUCGGCUUGUCAGUCGAGGCGACGCUGCCUAUCCCGCAGCUGGUUUCUAAUGCCCGCUCGCGAUCUUGCAAAGGUUUUCGGUUUUCCGUGCUAGCAAGCUGGUUGGUCGGAGAUGCCAUGAAAAUGUUCUGGUUUUUUACAUCUACUAGUGCGAUUCCGCUGGCGUUUAAGCUUUGUGGAAUCUUCCAAGCUAUAUGUGACUCCCUCAUUGGCGUUCAAUACUUAAUGUAUGGUGACCAGCAACCAACAAUAAAAACGCAGCCAGGAUGGACGUAUUCUGGUGUAAAGCCACAUCUGCAUGUAACCGGGAGGGAAACGCCUACAGGAAGGAGGACACCUCUUGGGGAAAAGACAAUUUGAAUAAGCAAUGAUUAAGUACCUACCUAACCUAAUAUUUCUAUUAAAUCUUCUAUUACAUUAGUUCAUCUGUGACCAUAUAAUCCGUAACCGUAUAACGGCAAAUAUGGUGAUGCAAUCAAGCUCUCAAGUUAAUAUAUAAUGUUUAUCCCAUCAAAUCUAAUACGAAUAAAUAGAGAAAAG